AUGGACUGCACCUGCCUGUCCGACCUGCUCCUCACGGCGCCCGUGCCCGCGCUCUGGGCCCCAGGUUUCGCGUUCCCCGAGUGGGCGUACAAGGCGGAGUCGAGCCCCGGCUCGCGGCAGAUCCAGCUGUGGCACUUCAUCCUGGAGCUGCUGCGGCAGGAGCAGUACCGCGAGGUCAUCGCCUGGCAGGGCGACUACGGCGAGUUCGUCAUCAAGGACCCCGACGAGGUGGCGCGGCUCUGGGGGGUGCGCAAGUGCAAGCCCCACAUGAACUACGACAAGCUCAGCCGCGCCCUCAGGUAUUACUACAACAAGCGGAUCCUGCACAAGACCAAGGGCAAACGCUUCACCUACAAGUUCAACUUCAGCAAAGUGGUGCUGGUGAAUUAUCCCCUCCUGGAAUUGAAGCUGCGGCUGGAGGCGGCCGCGCCCUUCCUGGGCUCCGGUCUCUCGGGCUACUCCAAGGCCCCGGCGCUUUUGGGGGCGGGGGGCUACGGGCGCCCCCCCCUCCCCGAGUACCCCUGGGGCCCCCCCCCAUCGGAAGUGCAAUAUGGUCGUGCCCCCCCCGCUUGUGUCGUUGUGAUGGAGGAAGAAGCCGCCUCCCCCCAAUAA